UUAUUCCGCCGUGUCCAAUUGGCCUAAAGUACAUAUUAUGGGCGGGCGUUAUCUCCGUGGCACUGGGGGCGUGACUGAUAGGUCCGACAGGAAAAACUAAAGAAAGGCGAGGAUAUCCAAUAAUACGAUGGCAGCAAUCAGGAAGAAGCUUGUGAUAGUCGGUGACGGUGCCUGUGGAAAGACCUGUCUCCUCAUAGUGUUCAGCAAAGAUCAGUUCCCCGAGGUUUAUGUGCCUACGGUGUUUGAAAACUAUGUGGCCGAUAUCGAGGUGGACGGUAAACAGGUGGAGCUGGCUCUCUGGGACACAGCGGGUCAGGAGGACUACGACCGCCUGAGACCUCUCUCCUACCCAGACACAGAUGUCAUCCUCAUGUGUUUCUCCAUUGACAGCCCUGACAGUUUGGAGAAUAUUCCGGAAAAGUGGACUCCCGAGGUCAAGCACUUCUGCCCCAACGUGCCCAUUAUUCUUGUUGGGAACAAGAAAGACCUGCGGAAUGACGAGCACACGCGUCGGGAGCUGGCAAAGAUGAAACAGGAGCCAGUGAGGUCAGACGAGGCGAGAGACAUGGCUAACCGGAUUAAUGCCUUCGGGUACCUUGAGUGCUCGGCCAAGACGAAGGACGGUGUGCGGGAGGUGUUCGAGAUGGCCACCAGGGCGGCGCUGCAGGCCAAGAGGCGAGGCAAGAAGGGUGGCUGCACCCUGCUAUAGAGUGUCUGGUCAUGCAGGAUCUGGAGGGGGGGAGAGAAAUAAACCAGGCCAAAAAAAAUCAAGAAAUAAAAAAGAUCCCUCCUCCGUGUCUGCUUGGUUACCAAGGCGGGCACUAUGAAUGCGGCGGUUAUGAGGAGAGAAAAGGGAGUAUAUACAUUUACAUGUACAUGGUUAUAGCUUCUAGCUUUCAAAUGAAAGUAUUGUAAUCUUGCGUUAAGGAUUCUUUAGACAUGUCAUAAUUAUGAGAAGGAAACAUUGCUGUCACUCGUACCUUUUCAAUGUGUGGGGGAAAAUGGAAAAUUUCAGUUCCAAACCUGUGGGCAGUCCGAGGGCCUCCAGUGGGACUCGUGUUUUUGUCUUUCUUCCACUCUUUCAUUCCCAUGUGAAAACAUCCCCGAACAUUGGAAGGGCUUCUUUUCAUUUUAUGAACCUCUAUUCUUUGACACAGCUGUUGUUCAUUUAGAGCAGAUUUUGAUGAGACCAACUUGCUUGAAUGUUUUGUAGCUUGUAACAAGUUUGUAACAAGCUUGUUCAUGAACAUGUUAAGCUGUCAGUGAGACAAUAACGUGAUUGAGUUGUUGUGGACAGUCAGAUACUGUAUAAAGUUGGGUAUCAAAUUUAACAGCUCCAAUUUGACUUGAGAGGAGUAGACCAUAAUAUAAAUCUGGCUUGUCUAAAGAGACUUUAUUUCGGAUUAACCUUUUCCAUAGGUAUAUAUCAUAUUUUUGUCCGAUAGAUCCCUGAUUUCAGAUCUGCUCAUGUUUAAUUUUCAUUAAUGCAAACCCAACACCUUCUGUGUCCCCAUUAUCUAUAUUAAUUUACCAUUCACUACACAUUGACUAUAUGUCGAGUUUUGUUUUGUUUUUCAACACAAACGCAGUUUUCAGUUGAUGAUUCUCCCCUUGUUGUUUUACUACUAUUGUGGAAACACAACACUUUAUGAACAGAUUCUACAUUGGAAAUCAUCCAGGUUGUCCUGUAGUUUUCAUUUAAAAACAUCUACAGGAAGUAUAGUUUUAGAGGCAGUAACUUAACGGCAAUAAGUGAAGAUAGUACAGAAAACUCCAGCCUCAAUGGUUUAACUGCCGUCAUUGGACAUAUUAUUUAAAUAGCAGCUUUUAUUUUGAAUGUUUUGGUGUAGCUGGCACCUGCCAGUGUGUUAUUUGAAGGGGUUUGGUUUCCACUCUGGCUGUUCACCUGGAUGUCUGCAACCAUUCUUUUUUUCUGCUUCUUUUCUGUUGUAUGUUAUUUUAACCAUGUGAUAUUCUACUGGCUAAUGUAUUAUUUGCACAGAGCUUUAAAAAAAGCAAGUCAAAUUCUGAAAUACAAAAUGCAAGUAACUGCUAAAGGAUUGGUUAUUUGUUAGAGGAAUAUUGUUUUGUAUACAAGUUAAUCCUCACUUUCCGCCAGUCGUCUUUUUUAAUGUAUUCUAAAGGAAAUAAAUUGUAACCAUAUUCUCA